AUGUCAGACCACGAAACAUAUGAUAACAUCGAUGCAGGAGCAUCCCAGACAUACCCUGUACAGGCAGGUGCGAUAAAGAAGAAUGGACACGUGAUGUUAAAGGAGCAUCCUUGCAAAGUUGUAGAUUAUUCAACAUCCAAAACAGGAAAGCAUGGUCAUGCGAAGGCACACAUUGUAGGUAUUGAUAUUUUCACUGGAAAAAAGUACGAAGAUAUAUGCCCAACAUCUCACAAUAUGGAUGUACCUGUUGUAAAGAGAACUGAAUUGCAGUUAAUUGACAUUACGGAAGAUGGUUUUGUUUCUUUACUAAACGACAACGGAGAGACUAAGGAUGACUUAAGCUUACCAAAGGAUUCCGAUGGAAACCCAGAUGAUGUAGCCAAGCAAAUUCGUACUCUUUUCGAUAGCGGCAAGUCUGUGUUAGUGAGUGUCUUGUCCGCAUGUGGUCAGGAGAAGAUCAUCGCCGUUAAGGAAUUAUCAUCUUAA